AUGGCAUCGACAUCUUCCAAGGAGUUCCCGAACUCAGACUCAGAGCCCCAAGCCGAGGGCCACUAUCUGAAAGACGGGACUCUGGUGACAAAUUUGGCUGAGCCAGAGGAACAACGAGAGUCGCAGUCGCUUGUUGCUGCGCUCUUCUCGCGGAAACGAAAAGUCGAUCCAGACUCCAUCGCAACAGUCCGAAGCGUAUUCGAUGAUCCUGUACUGAGUCCAUUUUAUCAACCUCGUCCGGACUACGAGAAUCUACAUAGAUUUGAUCCCAAUGAAAGAUGGACUCAUCGCGAGGAAGCAACUGUACGCCGCAAGACCGAUUGGACCAUUUUCUUGUGGAUUCUUGUCAUGUUCUUUGGACUCAACAUCGACCGAGGAAACCUAGGAAAUGCCGCAGCCGAUAACUUACUGGACGACUUGAAGAUCAACACCAACGACUACAAUAACGCACAAAACAUGUACCGCAUCGGUUUCCUCAUUGCCGAAAUCCCGUCCCAGAUGCUUGGAAAGAGACUGGGACCUGAUCGUUGGAUCCCGUUCCAAAUUAUCUUAUGGAGUUUAGCAUCGGGGGGUCAAUUCUUCAUGCAAGGAAAAUCCGGGUUUUUCGCAUGUCGUUUCUUCAUCGGUCUUUUCAUGGGUGGCUUCAUUCCAGAUGCAGUUCUCUACCUCUCAUACUUCUACACCAAGUCUGAGAUGCCAUUUCGACUCGCCAUGUUCUGGUUCGUGGACUCUAUGUCAGGUGUCGUUGCUUCAUUCAUUGCUUAUGGAGUGCUGCACAUGCGUGGUGUGGAUGGCCGCGAGGGUUGGCGAUGGCUGUUCCUCAUUGAAGCUCUCAUCAGUAUUGUGAUUGGGUUCCUCAGUUUCUUGUUCUUGGUUCCAGGUCCUACGCAAACGAAAACCUGGUGGAAUCCAAAGGGAUAUUUCACCGAAAAAGAAGAAAAGAUUAUCGUGAAUCGAGUCCUGCGAGAUGAUCCGUCAAAGGGUGACAUGCACAAUCGUCAAGCUCUUUCCCUCAGCAUGCUGUGGCAAAGUUUGAUGGACUACGAUCUGUGGCCGAUCUAUAUCAUUGGAAUCCUAUUUGAGAUACCAACCUCGCCCCCGAAGACCUACCUGACGCUUUCACUCAAAGCGAUUGGGUUUGGCACCUUCCAAACAACCCUGUUGACAAUCCCCGUCACUGUCUUCGCGGCCAUUAACUUGUUGCUUGUGACUGAAUUGACAGAGCGUUUGCACGAAAUCUCCAUAAUCGGUCUUCUUACCCAGGUCUGGACACUUCCCCUUCUCAUUGUGCUUUACACGUCAGCUGGGUCACUGUCCAGCUGGGGCCUAUACGCAGUCACAUUUAUUCUGUUGGGCUGGCCAUCUCCUCACGCUGCACAUGUCGGAUGGUGCUCACGUCUUAGCAACACUGUUCGAACUCGCAGUAUCAGUGCGGCACUCUACAACGUGACCAUCCAACUUUCCGGGAUCGCGUCCUCGAACAUUUAUCGCAAGGAUGACAAACCACUCUACCGUCGGGGAAACUCGCAGCUCAUCGCUAUCAACGUUGCUACGAUAGUCGCCUAUAUUCUGGCCAAGAUAUAUUAUGUGCGAAGGAACCAGUGGAAGAAAUCUCAGUGGGAAAAGAUGACACCAGAAGAGAAGGCUACUUACCUGAGCACUACGACCGACCAAGGAAACAAGCGAUUGGACUUCCAGUUCGACAGUUGA